AUGCCAUACAUAUCCAAUGCUAUACUAGUGUCUAAACAAAGAUUUCCACAAGCACAAGAUGCAGAAUUUCAGUUUGUUCUGCACUAUACUGAUUUCCAUAAUCAGAUUUCACACAUUCUUAGUAGUCUAAGACAAAACUCACCCUUACUUCCAAUCGUGGUCCUGAUGGCAGAUCAGCCCUUAGACGGCGCCCUUUUGGCUUCCGAAGGAAACAUCGUUGUAGUCAAUGUCAACUCCAGGAAAAACGUCUUUGGUUUUCUUUGUCUGGAAGAAACCCAAGCUCGAGGCAACGCCGGUCUCCUGGACGAAUACUUCGCCUUUUUGUGGAUUCGUGAAAAUAUCGGCGCCUUCGGAGGCGACAUCAACAAAAUCACCCUGAUGGGACAUUCCGGUGGUGCCGAUGACAUUUUGAGACACAUGGCUUCCCCGAGAACAGCUGGUUUGUUCCAUCGUGUGAUUUUAAUGUCGAGUAGCGGUUUGAGGAACAUAGCAGUGUCGAUUGGACCAAAAACUGGCCAAAGGCCAACUUUGGCCAGUGUCGGAUCUCUGACAAUUGCCCAAAGUUUGGGUUGUCCAACUGGCGACUAUAGACAGGCACUGCAAUGCCUUAAACAAUUGGACAAGGACGAUUUGUUGAGGGCAUAUGAAGAAAUAUAUCAGAGUGGCAAUCGUUCCACUUUACCAAUGGCAGUGGUGGAUGACUUUUUACCAGAAAACGAACGAUAUCUACCAUUGAAUCCAAAAGAGGUCUUCGAAGAUGGGAACUUCGUUCGUAUACCGAUUUUAAUCGGUAUAACAUCAAUGGAGUCUGCGAAUAUAAAUGAUCUUUGGAACGAUUUAUCAAAUCAAGGACCUAACAUUUUGCGCAAAUACAUUCACAACACGGCAAUUCCUGGAUUGUUGGAGAAACGUGGGCUACAAAAUCAUCCGAGAGCUUCUUUGAUUUUAUCAGCAAUAAAAUGGCGUUACGACCUCACAGACGACUCCAGGACCAAGUUGUUGGAGAAGUUGAGAAGUAUGGAGUACGAUGCUGGUUGGAGUGCCCCACAUGGCGAAAUUUUGGGGAUAUUAGCGAAAAAUUCGAGGUUGUAUUAUAAUAUAAAAAAAUUAUAUAGAUUGUAA